UGGAAAGCCCUGUCCGUGCUCGGUAUAUUAGGCAGCUGGCGCUCUUGGCUGGGAGCCCGGGUGAGGCUUUUGUAAUCAAAACAUGAUCUCGUGUGCUGCGCGGCCGGCGCCGCAAAAGGCCGUCUGAUGGCUCGCCGCAGCUAACGCUGUGCUGGCAUCCGCUGUCCGACAUGCACCGAGCCGAUGCUGCUGUGGAUGAUGCUGUGCUAAGGAAGAAAGAGCAGAAAGAUGUUGAACUUGAUAAGAAAAUCCUGGCUUUGCGGAAAAAGAAUGAAGCGCUCAUACGAAGGUAUCAGGAAAUAGAGGAGGACAAAAAACGAGCUGAGCAGGAGGGAAUGGCUGUUACCUCCAGGAGACCCAAGCAAGAUGGGCUCACUAUUACCAUCACUAAGGCUCACAACGACCUGAAAGAUGCAAUUACCCAGACUGAACACUAUGGACAAGAUAGCCCAGGCCUCUUGAUGGACAAAAGGGUGGUAAGCGAGAAAUGGGGGAGCCCCUGUCCUACAAGCCCUGGGUUUGACGUUGGCAGUGAGGAAGAGGAGGAGGAGGAGGAAACAGAUCAUAUGUUCACAUUUAGGAUGGGCAAGAGGAUGCAGCUGGCUGUUACCAUGGACAACAAAGCUAAGGGCAAGCGAAUAGUCAGUGAGAAACGUGCUGAGUGCUUCACUGGCCCAGGCAGGAUGCCAGAGCUGAGUGAAGAAGAGACAAAUCAUUUGGUGGCUUUCCACCGGGGGAGACGGAUGCAGAUUGCCAUCACCAUGGAAAACAAGGAAAAAACGGAGGAGAGAAGAAUGGCAGAGAAGAGGAGAUCAGAAAGCAACAGGGGUCCAGAAAGUGAUCAUGGCCGGAAGGAGGGUGGGAAGUCAGCCCAGAAAAGCCCUGGAGACCUGAAUUUCCACAUGACUGGACGGGAGCGCUCAGAGUAUAUACGCUGGAAGAGGGAGAGAGAUCAGAUCGACCUGGAGCGACUGGCACGUCACAAGAACGCGAAGGGCGAGUGGCGACGGGCUUGGGAUGUGGAGAAGUCAGAGCACAUGUUUGAAGAGGACUUUGUUAAGGAUGGGGAGCCAGCCUUGGAUAAUCCCAGCAAUAAGAAAGGAGGAAGAAACUCAAGGAAAUUCCAGCACAGGUCCUUCCCCUCCGAAGGAAAAGGUGGAGGACAGCACAGCGUGAAUGUGAGCGAUCCUGGUCCCAGAGCAGUACCCGCUGUGAGCAGCCGAGCCAGAGGAAAGGACAGACUGACCGGCAGAGCCAGAAGAUGGGAUACAAAAGAAGGCGACAACAUGUCUUUUCUGAAGGAUGACCCUGACAGCCAGAGGAUCCUUGGUACAGACAAGCUGAAGAGCAGAGGUGAGGAGGAGGUGGAAGAGAACUGCCUGACAGAACUGGAGGAGAAGGUGAAGCAGCCAAACCUCCCAGAUUAUGGGGCCUCCUCAUCACAAGGACUGCAAAGUGGAAAGGUCCCAUCUGCCCACAACGGCCAGAAGGGGGAACUGAGAGCAGUGAAGGGAUGCAGGGAGGUACCUGUGGCCAUCACUGGUGACACAGAGCCAGGGACCAAGCUAAGUAAGGAGAACAUUGGGGAAGAUGCCAGUGGGAAGCCUGGUACUGCUGACCUCCCCCAGGAGAAGGAGAGCACAAAGAGCAGUGCUCCACAGAGCAGCCUUCCGAGCGCUGUGCAAGCCAUCAGGCACAGCAGUGAGGAGAAGAUGUCAUUGCCGCUUGGAGCUGACUUAGAGAAAAGCAGAGCUUCAGAACGGGAAUCCACCGAGGACUCUUUGAACAGCCAUGGAGGAAAGCUGGACACAGCAGCAGGAGGCAGAUGGGAGGCAGGUCAAGGACAGCUGGUGCAAAAAAGAGGGGAGGAAGUGACCGAAAACACUGCCCUUGAGGGACAAAUGCUUGCACUGAAAGGUGGUGAUGAUGCUGUAGGCACUGAACACAGGGGAGAGCCUUUGCCCCCAAGGGAAGAGAGCUCCAACAAGACUGUGAAGUCUGAGCAGGACCCAGCCAAAUCACAGUCCAACAAAUGGGACCAGCCUGAGGAGUGCAAGGACAAGGACAGCAAGGACUUUAUGAACUAACAAAGACUGCAUUGCCGUGCCAGAGACAGAAGGAUAACGUGCUGAAUGUGAUGGAUGAGAAAAGGAGCACAGCCUUGUCCUCCCUCUUUGACCUCAUAUGAAACCGGCUUUCAGCACC